UGAAAAAAGGAAGCGAUAUCGCGCUCCGAUCAGUAUCUCGCUAGCCUGCGUUAAGCGCAGAUUCGACUUACGCGAAAGCUUAAUAUAGCCUAUACGAUCAUAAACGUAUACAACUUGCCGAGUUCGGGAUAUACGCGCAAUUGUUAUUGUUUGAGUGAAUACCGCAUCAUCAUCACCGAUUGUUAUACGCAGCCUACGUUACACGCUGCACCUCGCUGGCUUAUCUUUUGUUUAAACAGUCGGCCUCGCGAGUGCACGCAAUCCGUACACAUAUUCUCAGGCAAUCGCCAGCAACACGAAUAACGACUCUUUCGCAGUCUCUCUCUUUUCUUCUGCACAACCAUCGGACUAUCCCGCCGUCGACUGUAGUGUUCUGUACCGUACAUAUUGUAUACACAGAUAUAUGUACACACAUAGGUCUACAGUAGACAUUUAGUGCGCCGUUAGACACGGCUUCAGUGGACUGCAGUGCAUCGUACACGUAUACAUCGAGACGUCGCCGUAACUGCACUCGCUUAUGCAGACUUGCGACUUGCGAGCCUCUGCAACUCAAAACGCUCGUUGCAGCUCGCACAUACACACACACACACACACACACGCACGCACGCAUACGCUGCACAGGGGGCUAUUGCCUGCUAGCUACCGAGGCGUAAGACAAGGUUGACGGUGCCAAGUGGAGGCUCAACAGUCCGAUCAGCAGCCGCGAUUCAGCGGUGGCAACGGUGAAGAAGCUCGCAGCUCUCGUGACUGUGACUGUGUCUGCGCGCGGAUGUUUUUGCUGCAGUGAUCGCUAAUUCGUUCGCUUGACUGCACGAGUCACCCGUCAACAUUUGUUCUUACCCCAUCUCGGAUUCUGCUCCGUCUUCGUUGCGACUUGUACAGAGAUCCUAGAUACUUGUCUGCGCGUGUCUAGUACUCUUGUCGAUUCCUCAAUUAUCAGAUAAUUUAAUCAUGGAAAUGGCGGAUGCCAUGAACGAAGAAGGAGCAGCUGCCGCUGCGACUGUCCAGCAACAGCAGCAGCCAAAUCCAUUGGCACAGGCAUCAGUGGCCACGGCAGCCGCUCAACCACAACAACCGCCACCUAAUGCCGAGAUCGUUCGCGGACAGAUUUUCGAGGUUGGCCCCAGAUACACGAAUCUGGCCUACAUGGGCGAAGGGGCGUAUGGCAUGGUCGUCUCAGCUUAUGACAAUGUAACACAUACUAAAGUAGCAAUCAAAAAAAUUUCACCAUUUGAGCAUCAAACUUAUAGCCAAAGGACACUGAGGGAAAUUAAAAUUCUCACCAGGUUUAAACACGAAAAUAUAAUAGAUAUAAGAGAUAUUUUAAGAGCUCCAAGUAUAGAUCAAAUGAAAGAUGUAUAUAUUGUUCAAUGUUUGAUGGAAACGGAUCUGUACAAAUUGCUCAAAACACAAGCCAUCAGUAAUGAUCACAUUUGCUACUUCUUGUAUCAAAUUUUACGAGGAUUAAAAUACAUUCAUUCUGCAAAUGUAUUACACAGAGACCUGAAACCUAGUAAUUUGCUUUUGAAUACCACAUGUGACCUUAAAAUUUGUGAUUUUGGUUUGGCCAGGGUUGCUGAUCCAACCCACAAUCAUGCUGGUUUCCUUACUGAAUAUGUAGCUACAAGAUGGUAUAGAGCACCUGAAAUUAUGUUGAAUUCUAAAGGUUAUACUAAAUCUAUAGAUAUAUGGUCAGUAGGCUGCAUUCUUGCAGAAAUGUUAUCCAGAAGAGCUAUUUUUCCUGGAAAACAUUAUUUGGAUCAACUUAAUCAUAUUCUUGGAGUUCUUGGUUCCCCUUCACCUGAGGAUCUUGAUUACAUAAUAAAUAAAAAAGCUCGUAAUUAUUUACAAUCGCUACCCUACAAACCAAAGCUUCCAUGGACAAGUUUAUUUCCAGACGCAGAUCCUAAAGCACUUGACCUGUUAGAUAAAAUGUUAACCUUUAAUCCUAACAAGCGUAUAACAGUUGAAGAAGCAUUAGCACAUCCUUAUUUGGAACAGUAUUAUGAUCCAGCUGACGAGCCUGUAGCAGAAGAACCAUUCAGAUUUGAGAUGGAGCUGGAUUACCUUCCAAAGGAAUCACUGAGGCAGUUAAUAUUUGAAGAGACUUUGCUAUUUCAACAAAAUCACAUGGAAAAUACGAUAUAAUAAGUAAAUGUUACAAAAUUAUGUUUUUGAUCAAUUAUUGUGUUUAUCCAAGUUUCCUUCAUUAAUUCAGGACGACUGAAAGAGUUGAUACAAAAGCAAGAUCAUGAAAAUUACAGUGUAUCCAUAAUAUUUCUCUACCAGCUAUAAAUAUAAAAAAAAUUAAAGUCGCUUUUGCAAGAAGCAUCAAAAGUGCAAUCAAUAAAUGCAAUUUAUUCAUUUGUGGAUUAUUUAAGUCUAACAAACCAGUGAUGUUAUCAAUUCAAAGAGUGCAUAUUUUAAUUUGUAUACAAUUGAAUACAAUCGGUUCUAUGACUUUGUAAUAAUUUUGUAGUACUUUUUAAAAGUUUAUUUCACUGCAGUCGUAUGAUGUCUGUGAUUUAAAUACUGAAAAACAGUACAAUUUGUAUUGUAUCUUUUCAUAAAUGAAAUUUUUCAAAAAUGAUCAUUUUAUGAAACUUACCUGUCUUGAGUUUAAGGUCAUGAUUUCUGAAUGAUAAUGAAAAUAAAAAAAAUCAUGAUCUCAAAACUUGAUUUUAAAAGCAUAUUUCUUCAAUAAUACUUUUUACCAAGUCAUGGUGUUUUAAAAGUCUAUUUUCUGUAUAUUGAAAUACAUUUUAAAUGCCAAAGUAAGAUAGAAUGUCAAUUUAUAUAUACAUAUAUAACAUUAUUUUUUUAGUAGAAUACCAUGUUCUCAAGUAAAUCUGUGUACUCGUGGAGAUUUAUAAACAAGUACUUCUAUAAUGCAAGUAUUUAUAUGAAAAGUAAUAAUUCAAGUGUGACAAGUUCUUAUGUAUGUUGUGGAAAAAUUUUUGGAUAAAAUUAUGAGUCUUGAAAACUUCAGUGUUGAAAUAUCCGUAAAAGAUUUAAAAAAUAGGAUUGUAAAAUUAGAGAUCGUUUUCAUCAAAUAUUUAUAGUAUAUAUCUAAAAUGUUGUAAUAAAUACAAUUUUGAAGCAUUGCUUUAAUUAUAA